CUUUGUUAAAAAUAUAUCUCUUGAUAGUUUAUUUGUUCAUUUCAAAGCCCAAUUGCAAUUUUUAAAUCAUCGAAUAUGGAAGAAGUGGCUCGAAGGGUAAAACACAAGUUGUCGCGGCCAGCUGCGCAACUCUGUCGGACGGUUCAUCGGUUGGCAGGCAUAUGUGGCUGACACGCGCCUGGUAGUCCCCGGCGGAGGUGGGGAAAAGGCAGCCGGACAAGAUCAGUAGCGCGAAUAUCGAUUCAGUCUCGCUCAAACCACCCCCAUGUGUUGCCAGCAGCGCGCUUGUACUUCGCUUUGCUGCCAUGCCCGUUGUAAUAAACAGAAACGCACGACGACGCGAAUAUUGUCAGUACAAAGUGGCCCGUCGUCGUUGCUGAAAACACGCUAGGAACGGACCAAGUUUACCAGAUUUCUAUCGUCAUUACUGUUGACAACGCUAACUGUGCGCCGCAUAUAUUUCAUCCGAAGUGAGAGUUAUUACGCGCUAAGGAAGAGGAGCAAGUGCGCGCUCUCAUCAUCCCCUCAUCGUGCGACCACCAUCAUCAUCCCCUUGCGAGCGCGUAGUGCGAACAGGAAGCGCCGCCGCCGCCGCCGGCGCGCGACGUUAUUAUUCACAAAGAAAGCUCGUCCUCUGUAUACGUCCGACUAUCACUGUCAAACCGUCAAAUAUGAUGCGACCUCGUCAUUCGCAAACCGAACUGUAUUAUUCUUGACUACGAAUCACGGGCGCCGAGGAACAAGUGCGAGACGGGACGAGAGCUGACGAGUACCCCAUCGAGAUAUGUCUUCGAUAUCAGCGCAGGGUGUUGUCGAGCGUGCCAGCGCCGAAUUGACCAAGCGAAUUAACGGCCUGGGAUUGAGGACAUCGAAGCAUCAUGGGGGCGGAAAGACUAGCGUCAUGGAACGCGUGACAAACGUCUUUUGCGGUGGAAGUGGCAGUGUCGCUUAUAUGAAUUUACAGAGCGCGAAUAAUGCAAAUGCGACGCCCGAAAAACCCAGCCGAAGUGUCGCGCAAACUAUCAACAAUGUACCGGCGAGCAAUAACAAAGAACGCUUGAAUAAUGUCACUCCGAGCAGAGCCAGAAUGAUACCCAGGAACAGAAUAAAAAUGACCGUACCAUUAGCCACCGGAGGAACCGGUGGUUACGUACCACCAAUUACGUGGGAACAACUGAUGCAAGAUGACAAUUUUCUCGGGCGGUUUUUUCUCUAUUUCAAUGCUACAGAGAGAAGGAUUUUAGCUCAAGUUUGCACGAGAUGGAGAGACAUUCUGUACGCGAAACCGCGUCUUUGGACGGGUCUAGUACCAGUAGUACGAUGCCGUGAAGCUCGCGCUAUGCAGCCGACCUCGCGUACCCGAUUAUAUGCUUCCUUAGUAAGAAGAGGUUUUGACUCUUUGGUCCUCCUAGCUGCGACUGACGAAGAUAUUCCGGAAUUAACGCGUGGUUUUCCGUUGGCACAACGAUACGUGCACUCUUUAUCAUUACGAUGUUGCGCGGUAACGGACCGAGGCCUUGAGGCUCUUUUGGAUCACUUGCAGGCAUUAUACGAGCUUGAAUUAACCGGCUGCAAUGAAAUAACGGAAGCUGGAUUAUGGGCAUGUCUCACUCCUAGAAUAGUAUCAUUGUCUUUAUCGGAUUGCAUUAAUGUGGCCGAUGAAGCCGUCGGCGCUGUAGCUCAGCUAUUACCAAGCCUCUACGAAUUUUCUCUGCAAGCUUAUCACGUUACUGAUGCUGCGCUUGGUUACUUCAGUGCAAAACAAAGCAGUGCGCUCAGCAUCUUGAAACUGCAAUCCUGCUGGGAGCUCACAAAUCACGGCGUAGUAAAUAUUGUACAUUCCUUACCGAAUCUGACUGUGCUGUCACUUUCUGGAUGCAGCAAGGUGACAGAUGACGGUGUCGAAUUAAUCGCGGAAAAUUUGCCAAGACUUCGUUCCUUAGAUCUGAGCUGGUGCUCAAGGAUUACAGAUGCAGCCUUAGAAUAUAUUGCCUGUGAUUUGAAUAAUUUAGAAGAACUCACAUUAGAUAGGUGUGUACACAUCACAGAUAUUGGUGUGGGUUACAUCUCUACAAUGGUUUCGCUGAGCGCCUUGUUUUUAAGAUGGUGUUCGCAACUUAGAGAUUUCGGACUUCAACAUUUAUGCGUUAUGAGAUCUCUACAGGUGUUGUCAGUGGCAGGUUGCCCAUUGCUCACAAGUAGUGGUUUAUCCAGUCUGAUACAGCUUCGGCAUUUACACGAGUUAGAACUAACUAAUUGUCCAGGAACAUCGCGAGAAUUAUUUGAUUAUCUACGUGAACAUCUACCGCGUUGCCUAAUCAUCGAAUAAACGAUGUUUAAUGACGAAUAUAAUAUCCGCGAAAAAAUAAGAUUAUUUAUAUGCGAAUAGAUGUAUGUGUCAAACGAAAAGUAUUAAGGAGAAUAGAUUUUAAUUGCGGGAUUUCGCAGAAAGCAAUAUUUCGAAAAAACAAAGACGGUAUAAUCGAAGGGAGCAGUAUAGACAGAUAAGAAGCAACUGACGUCCAGAUAAUAUGAAAGAACAAUAUGUUUUUUCCUCGUAAUGGUCUAAGAAAAAAAAACACACUAGCCCUCAAAUGUGCAAAAUAUUAAUGCAUAGACAUUUUUAAUAUUACUAACGUCCCAUGCACUUUUGUUCGUAUUUUUUCAUUCGGCCAUGUAAUCACACAUUACAGGCAUGUAUGAUUGCAAUGUAUGUCUAACAUCAGUUAGACGAAGUAGAAAAGAGAUUCUCAUGCCUACGCAUUGUAAUGAUCUUGUACAGAAGUGAUUUUUCUCGAUAUUGUACAUUAGAAGAGAUUGAUAAUGCAUCAAAAAGAAGAGAUCAGUGAGAUCCUUCUUUUUUUGCCUCCUAGUAGUGUAGAAAAAGCUCGAGUAAAUGUAUGGCAAGAGACUCAACAGUUAGGACUGUGAUAAAUUUAUAUUGUACGUAAUUCUAAUUGGUUCGCGUACAUCUAAAUGAUUAAAUCAUCCGACAUGCAUACAAAAGUAAAGCAAUUAAAUAAUUAUUCGAGUAUGUAUCGAUUAUAUAUUUAAUUGUUGCUCGAUUGUUGCCUCCGCCGAAUGCGUUCAUUUACAAAUGCGCAUUGUCCCAUUUUUUGCGAUUAUAGCUGCAACACAUUACACAUGUUGCUUGAAAGAAAGUAUGUAGCAGAUAUUGAUUAUACAGAAGAUAACAUUCCAAGCCAUUUUACCUUGAGCAAUUUAUUCAUGAAUACAUGAUUCGUGUUAUUCGUUUGAUGAUACAUACAUGUUGUAGACGAAGAAUCGAGGUUCACUAUUAUUGCACCUACGAUACACAUCGUCAUUCAUACGUUACCUUUAUAUAUAGAUAUAUAAAUAUAAAAAUAUCUCCCCUGUGCAAUUAAUGUUUUCUAAAUUUAAGGUUUUUCGCUAGGUAUGUUCCUUGUGGUUUUUGACUAUACAUUGAGUAUAUAUUAAUGUAACAUACAUUGACCAUAUAUAACAUGUAACAUAAUUAGACAAGAUGUUUUGCAUGUGUUUCAAGUGAAUAAUUUUAAUAAUUUAUUAUGUCGAUAUAUGUAAUUAUACAUAUAUACCCUUUAUUAAUAUUAUCAAAUAAGUAGACUCUAUUAAUGUAUUAUGAUUUAUGAUUAAACAAAGUGCAUCAUAUUUAUCAAUUGAAUCGAGCGCUACAUGUUUGGAUCGUAUAUUAGGACAACAGCAAAAACUUGCCAAAGAAUACGUUUUAAUUUCUCUAAAAUGCAACUUCAAAAUAUGUAGUGCAAUAUAUAUUGUGCAAUCAGUAUUUUCUAAAUUGAAGAUUUUUCAUUAGUUAUAUUCUUUGUCAUUAUCAAAUAAGUAUAUAUUAUAAAUGUAAUUAGAUAAGCUAAUAAACAAUCUUAAAUUUAGAAAGCAUUUAUUGCACAAUAUAUAUAUCACACUG